UAGAGCAGAAAAAUCCCACACAGGAAAUGAGGGGUCGAGAAGGCAAGGGAAAUGGAUGCCACUGAAUGACACUGACGGUCUGACACACACACACACACACACACACAGCUGGACACGGUUUCCUAGUGCUCUGGGAUGGAUAGACAUUCCCAUAUCCCAUGGCAGGAGUACUGCUACCUGGAUCUGAAGUCCAAUGCUCAAAAACAAGAGACUAGCAAAAGGAUGGAAGAUCCUGGGUGGUUACGCAGACACCAGACGUUGUUGCAACGGUUCUUAUCCACCUCCAUUUUGGUAAAUGUGGUCCAUCACAUGAGAAAGUCAGACCUGCUUAGUGCACAGGAGGCGGGGCUUAUACAGGAAAUGGGGUUGUUGAAGGAUAAAGUGCAUUUAUUGGUUGAGUUCCUGUCUGUCACUGAUCCACAUGGCGCCGCCCUUCAGACUUAUCUCCAAAGUUUACACCUGACCGAGUACAACCUUAUAACUGUACAUGACUCUGUGGUUCGACGGUAUAAAGAGUCUCUCAUUCAGCGACUCAAAGAAGAUGAAAAUUCAUUGGCGCAAGUCCCCGGCAACUCAAAUUCCACUUUACUCCUCAUAGAGUGCGUAUCUGACCUUCAGCAGCGAGAACAUGACCUUGUACAGGUGUCAGUCAACAGAGGGGCGGGGCCUCUUCACGGUCGAGUGCUGGGAUUGGACAAGCUGAUCGCUCCUUUGACGAGAGUUAGCACCGCCCCUCAUGUGACACUGACGGUGGGCGUGGCCGGCAGCGGAAAGAGCCGAAUGGUCCGCCGUUUCAUCCAGCUAUGGACCACUAGUCAGAUCUAUCCAGAGCUGAGUCUCGCAAUCCCCAUUGCAUGCUGGGAAUUGAGCAGUUUCGAUCGGCUAUCGGUCGAGCGCUUGCUGCGACUGUUCGUUCCGUAUGAUAACAUGGACGUAAUUUUAUUUAACGAAUCCUGCAAAGUGUUGCUCAUUUUGGACGGAUUGGAAGAAUUUCGCCAGUCACUGGAUUUCGCAGAAGCCCCGCCCACUAGCGACCCUCGUCGCGAAAUUCCCGUGUCGGAUCUCAUUGCGAAUAUUGUACGAGGUAACCUGUUGCCAGGGGCAACACUCUGGCUUUUGUCAAGGCCUGGCACUGGUGCGAAAGUUCCAGCAGGAUUGGUCGACCGUGUGACGGAAGCCCCGCCUCUUUCCCGAACGCAAAUAAAGGAUUAUAUUAAUCACUGUGUAACGAACACGCUAGAUGCGUAUUCGAUAUCACAAGACAGCUCACAGUCUCAAACAAACACACCUGAGGAUGUCUCCUCCCAAGUGUGGACUUACCUGAAUUCCCAGAAACCAUUGCUCAUUUUGUCUUCUGUGCCCGCGGUUUGCCACAUUAUUGUAACUACGCUAUCACGCCUUCUACAGUUGGACUCAGAUGCCACGCCCCUUCCUCGAACGUUAACAGAAGUCUAUGCCCACUACUGUUGGCCACACCUCUCUGGAUCAGACACGCCCAGUGGAAGCUUCAGGAAGCCGCUUAGCACUCUGGGUCGCCUUGCUUUUUAUAGCCUCUUACGACGACGGUAUACGUUCAGCGAGACAGAAUUGCGAACUUAUGGCGUCGAUGUACCACCUCAGGGCGGGAUGCUCAGCUGCCGCAUCCUCCAGCGCAGGCAAAGCUGGUCGUCCGAUAGCGUGGCGUGGCAGUUCACACACACGUCCGUGCAGGAGUUCCUGGGGGCACUCUUUUACUACAUUUCGUCGAGGCGCGGGAUGUUCGAUCUGUUUUCCGAAAGCGGCGUUUCCUGGCCCCGCAUUGGCUUCCAUAGCCACUACCGUGCUGCGCUGCAGAAAACCAACCAAUCGGACGCCGCAGCACAAGGCAACCUCGACCUCUUCAUGCGCUUCCUGUCAGGGCUGCUGUCUCCAGCGGCUGCAGCUUUGCUAGGCGGUUCGCUGGGCGUUGGGCACGAGGAGCAGGUGACCCAGCGCACAACAGCGACAACUUUGCUUCAAAACGCAGUGACUGGGACAGGAGGCGACGCCGUUAGCAUGCGCAGCGUCACGAUGGUAACAUGUCUGGCGGAGCUGCAGCAGGGGGAGUGGCUACGAUCCGUAGAGGACGAUCUCAUUAACUGCAGCCUGCGGGGGAAGCUAAAGGGUGGAGUUUGUACUGUUCUCGCCUACUUGUUGCAAGUAUCAGACACAUGUACUGAAGAGACGCAACUGUCCAACUGCCUAGACUCCUCCUCCUUGAAGAGGCUCCUCCCACAGCUGCUGUACUGCAGUAAGCUGAGAAUGGAAAACAAUGCAUUUAAGGAAGGCACCAUGGAGCUGUUGGGAAGUCUGCUGAGUGCCAAAGAGUGCCAUAUUCAGAUGCUCAGUCUGGCUGAUAACUCCAUAAGCAGCAAAGGCAUUAAACCGCUCAGUCGGGCUCUACUUGUCAACCGAACCCUCACAACCCUGGAUCUUCGUGGCAAUAAUAUUGGUGCCAAGGGAGCAAAGACAUUGUGCGAGGCCCUAAAAAUGAACCAGGUCCUCGUGUCAGUCAAUUUGACCGCUAAUCUUCUUCACGAUGAGGGAGUGACGGCCAUCGCUGAAGCCAUGAGGGUCAACAGAGCCAUCACCUCCUUACAUCUCCAGUGGAACUUCAUAAAGGCUGGAGCCGCUAAAGCUUUAGCUCAGUCUCUCAUGAGCAACACCUGCAUUCAGCUGCUGGAUCUGCAGGAGAACACUCUGGGUGAUAACGGCGUCAUUGCUCUGGCCUGUGCUCUGAGGUCAAACUCUUCUCUCAGUGUGCUCUAUCUUCAGGGUGUAUCAGCAGGGAAAUCAGGGGCCGUUGCACUAGCGGAUGCUCUGGUGGUCAACGAAAGCCUUCAUACACUAGAUCUGCGUGGGAACUCCAUUGGGAUGGAAGGAGCGAAGGCGUUUUCCAGUGCUCUGAAGAAAAACAGGAGCUUGAGAAGUCUGAAUCUACAGGAGAAUUCUCUGGGGAUGGAUGGAGCGAUCUUCAUCGCUACUGCGCUGAGAGGAAACCAUCAGCUCACCUACAUCAAUCUCCAGGGUAACGGCAUCGGGGAGUCAGGGGCAAAGGUCGUCUCAGACGCCAUCAAAGCUGGUGCAGCAGAUUGUGUGGUGGAUAUCUAGCACACGCACAGACUCGCCACAACGUGUUUAUUUAGAGCCUUAUUCAUGUAAAUAUUUCCAAAGUUUAUGUAUCAAAGUUGUGUAAUAAUAAAUGCUUAUUUUAUAAAACAGAACUGACAAAGAUGUUGCCUUAAUAAAACACAUCAUACAAGAAUUUUGCUGAACUUUCAUUCAGAUGAAUUCAAAUAACUCAGAAUGUUAACGGCUAUUAAACAGGCGUCUACACUUGAAUACAGAUGAGAAGGUAUAUUCAUAUAUACUGGAAAUUACAUUUUGUUAUUUACAGAUAUUUAUCUUGUUUCCGUGUCAUGAAAAAAAACAUUUAAUGUGAAUUGUCACAUUCAGGUCGAUGCAUCAAUUUACAUAAGAAUUGAAGUCUAUUUACCUUUUUUUGGAAGCAAAUGCAUGACUAUUUAAAGGAAGAGUUCACCCAAAAUUGAAACUUUUUGAAAAUGUACUCACUCUUAGGCCA